AUGGCGCCUAUGCUUCAAAACAAAAGCGCAAAGGACCAAAAGAUUAAAGCCCUACUAUCAUUUGCUCGGAGCCUCCCUGCACGCCUCGAAAACGACAUUUACAGCACCUCCAUUCGCAAUGACUUGCACAAACACGUCACAUCAGUCCCUCUGAACGUGUCAGUGGUUUCGGCGACGCAACAGCAGGAUCUGGACUCCAUGGGGACUGAGCUAUGGAACCUCUCCACUCGCAUGCACCGUGAAGGCAUGAGCACAGAAAAGGACAAACAGCGAACACUGUGUCUCCUCCGUGUAUUUGCCUUUCUUCUGCUUGACUAUGGGCAGCAGACUACGAAAUCGCGUUCAAUGGGCAAUAAUGCGGUCAGGGUAUUGAAGGUGGCACUGAAGGCAUCCAAGUUCUGUAUCGAAGCAGGGGAAUUGGAGCUCUCCUUAAAAGCUUUGGAAAGAGCGGCGGACUAUGUCAAUGCUUCAGAGAAGGCAGACGACCCGAUGUGUGAGCAAGGAAAUGUGCCCGCGAAAUUGAGAGUCGAGUAUUAUGCUAUUAGGAUAGCACUUGCGUGGAAGCAGUCACGUCUUGAUCUUGCGGAAAGUAUGUUUUCCAAGGGGGGGCAUCCAGUCGGGAGUCUCGACCCUGGUGCAGCCGAGAGCUUCGCCGACUUGCUAUUGGAGAUAGGGAAAGACUGUUUGUGUAGGAAACAAUAUGACUUAGCCGUGAGGUGGCUGGAAAGAUCGCACGACGUGCUCUCUGCGCAAGAUGUGGACCAGCUGAGCGCCGAUUCUGUAGAGCUCAGACUAAGUAUCCUACAAAGUCUUGUCAAGGCUCUCCACACAUUGAAUGAGAAUGAUUCCCGUCGCAGAGCUUGGGAUUUGUUACGUCUGAUGGAGUCCGACUUCACGGACAAAAUGGUAGUCUUGCUCUUGAAACUUGAGAUGAUGUCAACGGAAAGAAGCCCUGACACUGCCACCUACUCCAGCACACUCUUACGUAUGGUUCCAAGUCUCGUGAUAACUGACACCAACUUCAAAACUCUUAUGCAUCACAUACACUACUUGAAGAGUAAGGAUGAUACGAAAAGCGCUUGUACCGUCCUGGACGAGUUGAUUCUGCAAAGGCUUUGUGAACCGGAUCGACACAAAUAUCUGGAGAAGGCAUGCGUUACAAGAAUAUGGGUUGACUCCCAAACGCCUGACAGCGAUGAACAUUUUGCAUCAUUCUCGGUAUUUCUCGAUCUCAUCCGCAACAAUCUACAGCAGCCAUUCAGUGCGAUAGCAACACACGCAGCUCAGACUUUACUGUGGAGAAAGAUAGAGACAUCGUAUAGUCAGCAGCGAUAUGAGUCUUCGCGGACUUGGUGCAAUAUGUCCUUGCAUAAUCUUUUUGAGAAUGCUGGAGAGAUGAAUAAAGCAAAGAUUUCUCGAAAGAUGAUCCUCUGCUCCCUCGCCAUUCAAGACUAUGCAGAUGCUCGUCGUACUUUUUUUACAAUGACAGAGACCGGGAAGCUUGCCGGGAUCACGCAAUAUUUAAUGUACAAAGUCGCAUUACGCAGCAAUCAAGAAGAGCAAGCUAUCGAAUGUUUAGAGGCAGUUAGCAAGGCGUCGAACAAGGACGCCACCAUUCUCUAUGCUUGUAUACUUGAGGCUCAAAAAGCUGGAGAUAAACGCCAAGCGACCAUGGCUCUCCAGAAAGUCGUCGAGCGGUAUAACUAUAACGUUCCAGAAGGUGUACAUCUGGCUAUCCUAUUAAGAUGUGCAAUUCGCUUGCUUAUAAAACAGUUUGAGACUGAAGAGGACCUCGAUAAGCAAGCGGUAAAGGCUCUGCUCAGUCUAUUUGAGGGUGCAUUGAAGGCGGCAAAGGAAGCAAGCAAAAAACCGAACAAGACCUCCGCAAGCGACUUCACAGUGACUGAGUUGGAGUGGUUCUCUAAGUCCAGCUACAACCUGGCUUUGAAAUAUUGCGCCAGAAUGAGCCCCGAACACCUAGGUCAACUGCUCUUAGUAUGCGUUCAAUUUGUCGAGUUCCUUGAAGCAAAGUGCGCCGAGAAAUCAGAAAGGGGGCUGCUACUCCGCAAAAUUUUCUGUCAUUACCUUGCUACCACAGCAUACCUUACCGUGGCACGCAGUCAUGACAAUUCAGAACAGUCCCUGAACAACUAUCUCUCUGUUCGCAAACAUGGAAAGAUAUUCCGUGAGUUGGUCUAUACACAACUGUCCGCGGUGUCCGAGCUUGCACCGACAGCCCGCGACGACCUUGUUGCGAAACACACUCAGGUGCUCACUUAUGAACUUGAAGCCCUUCUAAAGCUCGCCGACUGGUCCUCCAUUGACGAACUGCUCGACUCUGCUUUCACAUUUGACGUCUCAUCGCACCUCGCCACCUUAGCCGACCUUAUUCUCCUCAUACAUUCUACUCUCGUAACAGACCUCGCACUCUCGCACUCUGAAGCUGGCAGAACGCAUCAAUCGCACGUCCUCAAAUCUCUACAGAAGGUCAUCAAUGCAGCCUGGAAAGCAUCAUCAUCCACGACGGACCCCUCAACAGAGGAUAUAACGAAACUCGCACGCUGGAUUCGUUGCCUCUUUCAGAUUGCAGUCAAUAUUGACGAAAAGGUUAGUCUGCAGUGUCUCGAUCAGGCCACCCGUACGGCGGAGCGGUUGAAGGCGCAUGGAAACGUAUAUCCUAAAGUUGAGCUAGAGUGGCUGGCGACCACAGCAUUCAAUCGGGGCGUAGAUGCAUAUUGUGCGGGCGAUGACGAAGCUUGUCAGUUGUGGGCCGUGAAAGCAAUGGCACUGGCGAGAACCGGGGAUGAAAACGAAGAGAAAAACGGGUUGCUUAGGACUCUACUGGGCAACUAUUCGAGGUUGCAAUGGGAUAGAGUUGAUCAGUAG